AGAGACGGGUGGAAUACGAAAACACAGCCCAUGCAAAUAACAGCAUUAGGAUCCAAGUAUAUAUCACAGCUCGAACCACCCUAGAGAUAGAGACGAAGAGCACGAUCGAAGACCUCGAACUACACAAACAGUAUCAAGAAAUACGCGGAAACCAUGUCUGACGCCAAAGAUCACACCGUCCCGGACGAACACCAUGUUCCCCGAACCGGCCAAUGGCUCCCCCAAGACAAACGUCACCACCACGACUUUCUCCGCAAGACCAUCGAAAAGGUCGACGCGAACCCCAAGAAAAAGGGCGAGCUUCAUCCGGUCCUGGAAGAGUUUAGGGAGAUGGUAGAAGGAGAUUCUAGAUUGUGGAUGUUGUUCAAUCAGAUGUUUGAGCAGAUCCCCCAUUCCAAGCCCUACCUCAAGGACCCGUCCGGUGACACCCCUCAAGUCCGUGACUUCUCUCACCUGCUCGCCAUGCUGGACCACAUCCUCCGUACCGCCCCCUCAUGGACGGACGCCGGUCACUCCGUCGGCCUCGUCGGAGUGCCCAUCAACGCCCUCCUCGACUGGCCCAUGGCCACCCGGGCUGGGUACGUGGUCUUCCAAGACCCGCAGGUCAACAAGAUGCUCAAAAAGGUUCUCGACGCUUGGAACGAGUUCUUGUCCUCCGAAGAGAGCGCGGGGGUCUUGGGCGAGGGGAAAGAAGGAUGGUUCGGGGAGAGCGGGAAGAAGAGUCUCGUCCAGGUCGCCAAUGUGGGCAAGAGCGGUCUUCAGGAACAACCUUUCCAGGAGCUCUUUCAUUGUGACCCUAAAGCCGAGCAUCACGGGUACAAGUCGUGGGACGAUUUCUUCACCAGGACUUUCCGAUUCGAGGAUGGGGUUCGACCGGUAGCGGACCCCGAGGACGAUAAUGUCCUCGUCAACUGUUGUGAGAGCAAGACUUACAAGAUCGCGCAUGAUGUUCAUGCGAGGGACAAGUUCUGGAUCAAGGGCCAACCUUACUCCGUCGUCGACAUGCUAGCCAACGACCCCCUCUCCUCUCAAUUCGUCGGCGGGACGAUCUACCAAGCCUUCCUCUCCGCCCUCUCUUACCACCGUUGGCACACGCCCGUAUCAGGCAAGAUCGUCAAAUCCUACGUCAUCCCCGGUUCAUACUUUUCCGAACCUCUCUACGAAGACUUCACCGACGACCAUCCGGCGGACAGUAACGGGGAAGUGACUUCGCAGGAAUACAUCAGCGUGGUAGCGACCAGGGCGGUGGUUUUCAUCGAGGCGGACAACCCGAAGAUCGGGUUGAUGUGUUUCAUGGGGAUCGGGAUGACGGAGGUCUCGACGUGUGAGACUACGGUCAAGGAGGGUCAACACGUCAAGAAGGGUGAUCAGCUCGGCAUGUUCCACUUUGGCGGGUCGACCCACUGCGUCCUCUUCCGUAAGGGGGUCAAGGUCAGCGGCUUCCCGCAGCCUGGGCAAAAGGAGAACGUACCCGUGAGGAGCAAGUUGUGCGUCGUCGAGUGAGGUUUAGAUAGGCGGCUGUAGUCAGCGGGGCACACAAGGAUAGCAAACUGAACGGUAGAAGCAGAAAAGAAAACAGAAAAGGCUCGAUAUUGUAGUCAAUCAGAAUAUAGAAAUAUAGAACGUCGUUGAUCCUGCAGUACGAGCGAAAGGGAUACGAGAUGUGAGCUACACAUAUGUGCGACGGUUGCGAUGGUCUCGGGACCGUCAAUGAGAACGAUCCGGAG